AUGACCACCUACCCUAUGAACAAUUUCUACCGGCCGUCGGUGUUGACGGUCGACACUCACACGCAAAAUUUCUACGAGGAGGACGAGGGCAGCAUUCUGGACGACAAUAUCCUCGACCCCAGCGCAAUAGACUCCGGAUUGGAGAUGUCCCCUCCCAUGGACGGCAGCCGGCGGGAUUCGUUUGCUGUCUCGUCAGCAUUGUUCUCACCGAAGACUGACGACUGGCAACCGGUCGACAUGCAGCGGAUGUCUUCCAACAAUCCGUUUGUUGAGCAAAAUCACAAUCCAUUCAUGCGGGUCGAUUCGCAGUCUUCGUCGUAUGGGCACCAAGGUCACGGAUGGGGCAUGAACCACGGCUCCGGCAUGAGCACUCCCAUGCAGGCACAGGAUGGACUUCCUUCGGAUUUCGAGGUCAACGCACCAGUUUUCCAAAGGCCGAUCCAAACCCCUUUCACCAAUCCUGGCAAUCAGCAACUGCCCCUCUUCUCGUCGAGCAGUACCAGCAACGGGUCGAUCCCCACUUCGCCUCAAAAGGAAUGGUCAGUAGUAGAUGCUAUGGAUCACAGAUCUAUGCCAAAACGUAUGCGGCCUCAUAGCCCAACUCUACGGUCGCAUCCAGACAUGACAAGGAGGGGUGAUGGCAUCCGAAAGAAGAAUGCUCGAUUUGAUAUCCCGGCAGAGAGGAACCUCAACAACAUUGAUCAACUCAUUGCUCAGUCCACAGAUGAGCAAGAGAUCAAGGAGCUCAAGCAGCAGAAGCGAUUACUCAGGAACAGACAAGCAGCCCUUGAUUCUCGACAACGCAAAAAGCAACACACUGAACGACUUGAGGAUGAGAAGAAGCAUUACACUGCAUUGAUCAACGACCUUGAAGAGGACCUCGCUGAAGCCAAGCUCGCUCUCGAUGAGUGGGCUCGCAAGGAACAACAAUAUCAGCAGUUCAUCGAAAACAUGCAGAUGGAGAAAGAAGAUAUGAUUCGCGUCCAUACCCUCGAGACCGGUGACCUUCGCAAGAAAGUCAGCGUCCUCACCGAGGCCGUCCAGCGACUGGAGAGUGCACCCGUGAACAACGUUUCCAGUUCUCAUGGCUUCUCCAAUGACUACACCGAUAUCGACAGCCUUACCAUGGACAGUGCUUGGGACAAUAUCUCGUUCCUCAAUGACUUCCCUACUGAGCCUGAGGUCAAGAUUGAGAACUCUUUGGUUCCUCUCAAGAAGCCAGAGAACUCUCUCCUCAGCGAUCCGGAAAAGCCUGCUGCUCAAGGCCUGCUAUUGAUGCUUCUUCUCUUCGGUGCCUUCGUCGCUUCCAAGGGUUCCUCUCCAACCAUCCCUCAAAUGUCCGACGAUGUCCGAGCCGCUUCCGCGACUCUCCUUGAGGAUAUCUUCAAAGAUGCUGGUGUUCAACAAUCCGCGUCUGGCGUCUCUGAGGCCAUCGCCCCCAUUCCAUCUGGCAACUCCUGGUCCACCUCUAUUCCCCAAAUGGGAGGGAACGAAAUGGUUGGUGUCACCUCAUCAACCCUUGGUGACCUCGCCGACAGUCUGGCUCAGCCCACCGAAGAGCAGAACCACGAGCAACUCUUCUCCCUGUCAGCUGCCCAGUACAACGGUCUCACCAAUCAGGACUUUUUGCAACACACACCUCAGCGUUCCACCUCUCAAGGGCGAAGGAAUCUCGGCGAAACCCUUGCUGCCAUGCGAAGUAACAGCAAGAAAUCUGCUGCAGAAGUUUAUACACGCUCUCUCCUCUGGGAUCAGGUGUCCAGUGAGGUUGUCCGCGACUUUGCCAAGCUUGUCUCUGAAUGCAACUCACGCAACGGACAAAGUAACAACGACUGCAAUUCCGCCGUGGGCUGA